AUGCCCAAACGACGAGCCACUUCCGAAACUUCCAGCGACUCGUCUAUUGACGACAUUCCGCACAAACGGGCGCGGACCGACGAUGAACCGACAUCCUACGCAAGAGACAACGGCAAGGCGCCUGAGCAAGAUUCGGACCCCGAACGAGAGGACGAUGAAACGGAGAGUGAGUUUGAAGCACAGUAUGGAGCCUAUAUCCGUGCUACCUACGAAAGUAAGCGGAACAAGAAAAAUGUGUUUGGGAGCGUUGCGGAGAGCGGCAUCCUCGAGGGCAUUGAGUUGAAGCAGUUCAUGUGCCACCAGCAUCUCAAUGUCAGUUUCGGGCCACAGAUGAAUUUCAUCAUCGGCCACAACGGAAGUGGGAAGAGUGCAGUGUUGACCGCCAUCACGAUAGCAUUGGGCGGCAAGACCUCUUCCACAGGCCGUGGAACUGGGAUAAAAUCCUUUAUCCGUGAAGGACAAUCCGUUGCCGAAGUAACUCUCACAUUGAAGAACCAGGGCGAAGAAGCAUACAAGCCUGAGCAAUAUGGGAAAUCUAUUGUUAUCAACCGUCGCUUUACGAAGGAGGGCAACGGCUCCUGGAAGAUCAAGACCAAGGAGGGUCGCAUCAUUAGUACGCGCAGGGACGAACUCACGGCUAUUUGCGACCAUAUGAAUAUUCAAAUCGACAACCCGCUCACCGUGCUGACCCAAGACUCCGCCCGGCAGUUCCUUGGUGCUUCUUCUGCAAGAGACAAGUACAAGUUUUUCAUGCGGGGGACGCAACUAUCGCAACUUUGGGAGGAGUAUACGGGAUGUCACACCAAUCUUCUCGCGACCGAGCGCAUUCUCAAUCAGAAGAAAAAGGCAAUCCCAGACCUCAAGGAGAGCCUCGAAGAUGCCAAGACCCGGGUUAAUGAAGCGAUGCAAGCCCGCAAGAUGGCUGCGACGGCCAAAGGGCUUGUCAUUGAGCUGGCCUGGUCCCACGUCAAGGCCAAGCAAUCCGAAUUGCAGACGCGUCAGGAGAAAAUCGUGAAGCAGGAGCGCCGUCUGGCUCAGGUCGACGGGAAGCUCGGCGCAGCGAAGGAUAACCUCGCGAAAGUGAACGAACUGAAGGCGUCUCUUGAGGCCGAACACAACGCUAUCGGCACACCCGAUGACCUUCAAAGCCAAAAGAGAGAGAUUCAGAUGAAGAUUCGCGCGAAAAAUGAUGAUAUCGAGGGCUUUCGUGCAGAGAUGAAGGGCAUGAGCAGAGAAAUUGAAGCGGUUGAUGCUGCUAUCAAGAAUCACCUGGACCAAAUUGCCACGGAAGAACAGCGCCUCGCAGCAGACACCGAAUCUGCACGCCGGGAAAUACAGAACCAGCGCAACGAAGUGGAACAACAGCAAGAAGCGGCUCGUUCCGAACUCGAACAGAUUCGCAGAGAUAUCCAGAAGAAUGAAGUCUCGCUCAAUCAAUCGAAGCAAAGCGAAACCUCUGCUGGACGCCGAGCCAAUGAUUUACAGCUGGAGAUUCGCCAGGCCGAAGAAGCCAUCCAAAAAUGCGAAAAGGCUGAACAAGAUCGCUACGCCGUCUACGGUAAUGAUAUCCAGUCCGUCAUCAAGCAAAUUGGAGAGAGUCAGUGGUAUGGUCAAACCCCGUUGGGACCGCUAGGGCUGCAUGUCAAGCUGCUACAGCCUGACUUCGGACCACUGCUGCGUCAGCAACUGAGCAAGCAAUUGACGUCUUUUGCCAUCACUGACCCACGUGACCUGCCGGCUCUUCGGAGGAUUCUCCAAAGCACGAAGAAUGCCCAGACUGCAGUUCAUAUAUUCUCUCCUGAUAUAUUUGACUACAGUGAGGGCGAGCCUCCAGAAGGAGUUCUGACUGUUCUCCGUACUCUCGAGUUUGACGAUCCUCACGUCCUGCGUAUCUUGAUCAACAAGGCUUCCAUCGAAAGUCGUGUCCUCGCUCACACCCGUUUGGAAGGGCAAGGCAUUCUUCGAGAGCUGGGUCAAGGUCAUGCUUGGACAAAGGAUGGGUUUAAUCUCGUCCGUUGGUCCGACGGAGGGGAAUCAUCCGUCCCAAGUAGUGGCAGGCAGGUUAACCCUAUGCUUCUCGCCGCUGCGCAAGCGAAUGUUGAAAUCGAGCAAUACAUUCAGCAAAAGACUCGAUGCGAAGAAGAACGUCGGAACCUACAGGCCGAGUUAGAGAAACUAACUCACCAACGGAACACUCUACAACGAGAUCUCCAGAAUCUCAAAGCCCGAGAGCGAACAACAGACGAACGUAGACAUAGAGCCAAGAUGCGCCUAGACGAACUCAUGACCCAGCUCAACACAGAAGACUCGAUACAAAUCGGGGUUCUUCGAGACCUACUUGGGCGUUCGCAACGAGAAAAGGAGGACUUGGUCAAGCAGGCAACAGCUAUCGCUCCAAAGGGCAAUAUCUUGAAUGAGGAGAAGGCCAAGCUCACGGCAGAGCGAGACAGGAUACAACACGAGCUGGAUGAGUUUGAUACCACAAAGCAAGCUGUGAAGGAUAAAAUUGUGCAAGCAGCAGAGGAACGCGCAAGGGUAGCAUCCGAAGUUCAGCACUGGGAAAAGAAAACGGCAGACGAAACGAACAAGCUCCACGAAAUGCAGGCGGAAGCUGAACGUGCAGAGAUGGAGUUGAUUAGGUGGACCAGCGAUGCACAAGGGUUUGGUGAACGUGUAGAAACGGACCUAUCUCCCGAAGUUAUCGAACGAAAGUUGCGAUCCGUUAAGGAUGCUUUGAAAGAUCACGAGAGACGGCAAGGGGCCACCCUUGAGGAGGCAAUAGCCAAGGCCAAUAAGGCGCAGGAUCAGCUUACCUUGGCUGCACGUGACCUGAAGCAGAUGAACACGCUCUACAAGACUCUUAAAAGCUCGCUGGAAGCCCGAUCCGAUCGCUGGCACCAAUUCAGAAAAUAUAUCUCGGUUCGCUGCAAGCACAUCUUCAGCUGGCAUAUUUCGCAACGUGGAUAUUAUGGCAAGGUUCUCUUUGACCAUGGGAAGGAGACAUUGGAGUUGCGGGUACAAACCGACGACCAAGCUGCUACUCAGGGCCGUCGCGAGAAGGACCCCCGGUCUCUGAGCGGAGGCGAGAAGUCAUUUGCGACGAUCUGCUUGCUGCUUUCGCUCUGGGAGUCCAUGAGCUGUCCAAUUAGAUGUCUUGACGAGUUUGACGUGUUUAUGGACGCCGUCAAUAGGCGGAUUAGCAUGAGUAUGCUGAUCGAUGCCGCGAACAGCUCCGAUAGAAAGCAGUAUGUUCUCAUCACACCGCAGGACAUGAACAACAUUACUCCUGGCCCAAGUGUGCGGGUUCAGCGCAUGUCCGAUCCCGAGCGCAACCAAGUUACAUUAUCACUGCUCUAA